ACCAAAUAAUUGGUUUUACAUUAUUUCUUAUGUGGAAAAUUCGAUCCUGAGUUCUGAACGGAUUAAGUUCGAGUACUGACGUACCACUGUACUAAUAAAACCUACAGCCGCGAAAAAACGUAAGAGAUCAGUUUAUAUAUUAAAAAAAAUUUGCAUACUUAAAGACUGGUUUAAUCGUCGUUCCGCUGACAGAAGGCUACGCUGAGCAACAGGUUGUUUAGAGGUUCAAAAUUUCUCAUGAAUCGUAGGAUGACAUCAAGUGACCUUGAAAGGAAUGGGUGCAGGUGUGAAAUGCACUGCUAGGACAGAUCGAGUAUGUAUGUGUGUGUGAGUGAAACAAAAACUGCUAUGCUUUUUCCCGCGGCUGUAUAAAUGCCGUCCAAAUACAAGAGAUAUACAAAACCGUUCAAUUAAUUAGCCCCUUUGCAUAUGAUUGCAGACCAUUAAAUUCAUAAAAAAUAAUAAUAAUUUUCCCCCUGGAAGACAACAAUUUUUCCCAAAUGCAGUAUGCGUAUGAGUUUUCAAUGGGUUUUCAUAAUUUACUUUGGUUUAACAUUGAGUUAUAAACAAACUAUCCCCUAAACUGAUCUACAUGCAGUUUGUGCCAGUUUCUCUGCGAUGUUUUCGAAGUACCUAUUUUCUUGAAAGUUUCCUGUACUGAGAUCAGUAGUUAACACAAAGAAACAUACUUUAUUUAGAUCGUCGGUCCUCUAUAUUGUAUUUAUUUAAUAAAAGUUGCAGAUAACUUUUUUUGUAAUUUCUAGAUUGUACAGGCCAUCUUGAAAGCCACCUGACCGGCUUCAUUUGCAAUGUAACUUUAACCUAAUUGGUCGCAUGUUUCUAGUGUCGAUUUAGGUUUCUUGAACUCGGGUUGCUUUUAUGAUAUUUUGCCUGCAUAUGUUUAAAUCAUGAUGCUUUAAGAUGGGACACCUAAAGCAGUCCAUUGAAAUACCAAAUACGACAAUGAGAUAUUUCCUUGGCUGGACUUCUUGGAUCAGCCCUGAAUUUACACCAUGCUUUUUUGAGCCACUUUUUUGCGUACCUGCUGGAUUAUGUUGUUUAUCUGCGAUACUUCUAACAAUUGCGUACUUUCUGCUGAUUUUUAAGGACUGUGCGGCGAAGCGCAGCGGCUCCGCAGCCACGGCCGCCUGCGCCCUUUACUGCCUGCUCGGGAACUUAAGCGGCGCCGUGGGGGCUCUGCUCUCUAACCAGCUGCUCAUGCAGAUGGUGAUGGGUGUAUUCAUGACAGGAUUGGAUAUUGUUCGUUUCAUGUUUAUCUACAUUCCCGUUUGUCUGUGCAAACAUUCAAAGAGUGCCAGAAGGAUUAAAAUGGUGUUAAAGAAGAAACAUGGGCAAAGUUUCCUGGUUAUGUGCUUUCCCAUGGUUCUGGGAGCAUGGCUCUUCUUGUGGCCUCGUGUGACCUGUGGCCCUUUGGUUGAAGCUCAGCCACAGAGACGCCUUCUCGGAAUUUCUCCACAGGACAAUGGAGAAAUCCUGGGUUACACUCUGGGUCUGCUUUCCUGCAUCAUUGGUUGGACCUCGAAGCUUCCUGCUCUAAUUGAAGCAUAUCGAGGGAUGACUGGCUCGACUAUUGAAAUCACUUCUGGAGUGCUGUGUGUCCUGGCCAGUGUACUGUAUGCCUCUGCAGUCCUCGUCUAUGACACUCAUCUGGAGCCUGUCUUGAAGGCAAUGCCUUGGAUACUGACCGCUGCUGGAUGUGCGGCCUUUGAUGUCAUUAUUGUUACGCUGUCCUGCUACAGGAGGUGGACAGGAUGGAAAUCUUUGAGCCAAUAUCCCAAAUUGAAUUCUGCAGAGACACAAGCCCUACUGGGGAACUCUGCCCCACGCUGGCCCAGAACGACAGCCUCAGCAAGCCAGCAAGGAUUAAGCCACACUCCCCUUCAGGAUCUAUCAGGCAAUAGAACUCCAAACAAGAAGACUGAAGUCGGACAGUAUAUUGAUGUGACCAUUCCACCACCAAGAAAGAUUUGUUUGAAAGAAGUGAAGAUUUCCAGGGAAGGUCAGUGUGGGAGUCAGACCCUAAGGAGGAUCAGAGUGGUGAGAGUGGACAGUCCGCGCUCCUCUGACGGCUCCUCAGACACGUCAUCUGUCAGCUCCGACCUGGAGUGGGAUUUUGAAGAUGCAAAUGCACAAUGGGGCAAAAUACAGAAAGAGCAAAAGAGCUCUGAAGCUUUCCCACUCCACAAGUGGACGAUGCUGUCAAAAGCAAAGCCUGAUGCCAAUGCCAACCAGCCAUGCAAGGGGAAAAGCUCCAGCACCCAGCAGGAUCCUUGACAGAGCACCAGGAUGUGGCUGAACACCAACGAUUAUUACACUUUAACUAUAGGCCUUACUGUCUGGUGAAAAUUAACUGUUUUCUUCAGAUUCUUUGUAUAUUAAAUCUGCAUGAAGAAUAUUGUUAUUAAUUCAUUAUAAAAUAUGAGGCAGUGAGGAGAGAUGUGCAUAGUAAAUACAGAAACCUUCACAAACAUGGAUUUGUUCAUGUGUAGCCCACAACAAUUUUGAAUGACUAGCUCUGAAUCUGCCCCAAAGUGCUGGACCUCAGGCUGUCUCAGGAUCAACUGGUUAGGCUAGACUUAAAUCCAUCUAUGUGUCCAUCCAUCGUCUAACUGCUUAUUCUGGUCAAGGUUGCAGGGCUGUCAAAUACCAUUAAAUUACUGUACAUUCUUUUUGAUACACUUGGCUCAUCCUAAUUAAAUUAUAAGGUUAAAAAUG